UCUUCUCGUUCAGACUCUAACCCCACAACACUCUUCUCUUCGCCUCUCUGGUCUGCUCCACUUCUCUCUCUCUCUCUUUCUCAUGCUUAGUGAGAGAAAGUGUUAUAUUUGUCUUAUUUAUGCGAUAAGGACCACUUCCACUCUAUAAAAACCUCAAAAUAACUUAUUCUCCCAUCUCUCUCUCUUCCAUGACUCUUCCCCAGUCAGAAAUUGCAAUCCACCAUCUCCAAGAUUCGAUCUUUUAACUGUCUUUUUAACAGGUUUGCAUAUAUAUUGUUACAAAAAAAUUAUUCAUUCUUUUUAUAUUUGGGAAUUUGCUAAAUUUUCCGGGAAAAGAAAAAGAGAUUUUUAUCCGUGAAGAAGAAGAAAUGCAGGAUCCAGCAGCUUAUUACCAGUCCAUGAUGGCGAAACAACUACAUCAGCAGCAGCAACAACAACAACCGCAAUUUCCGGACCAAGAACAGCUAAAGUGUCCUCGCUGUGACUCACCCAACACUAAGUUCUGUUACUACAACAACUACAACCUCUCACAGCCUCGUCACUUUUGCAAAAGCUGCCGUCGUUACUGGACCAAAGGCGGCGCUCUCCGCAACGUUCCCGUCGGUGGUGGUUCUCGCAAGAACGCAAAACGAUCCACCUCUUCCUCUACUUCUCCUUCCAACUCCCAGAAGAAGGCCAAAACACCUGAUCCGGAUCCUGGUUCGCAAAAGGAAACCAACCCGGAUACGGAUCCGACUCGGAUGCUGUACGGGUUUCCGAUCGGGGACCAAGACGUGAAAGGUAUGGAGAUGGGCGGUGGUGGUGGUGGGAGUUUCAGCUCGCUUUUGGCGUCGAAUAUGCAGCUGGGUCUUGGCGGGAUCAUGCUCGACGGGUCGGGUUGGGAUCCGGGUAUGGGGUUGGGAAUGGGUUUGAGGAGGAGUGAAGCGGGUAACGGGGGAGGUGGUAGCCCGUGGACCGAUCUGGCUAUGAACAGAGUGGAGAAAAACUGAAGAUGAAGACAGAGAAGGGUAUUUUCGUAAAUUAUGGAGAUGCAAAAAUGAUUUUAGAUGGCUUGAGUCAUCACAUAGACAGUGAACAGGUUCGAUGUUAUGUCAUUUUGGUAUUAUAUUCCUCCUGUUACUGCUACUCCCUUUUGUUAUUUUAUUUAUAAAUCAGUUUGUUAAAAUUCUAAUCUUUGUUUCUAAAUGCUACUACUAUAUUGUUAAAGACUUA